AUGCCUCUCCAAAGUACCUUGCAAGCCAGCUCUGGAUACAAGUCUGACAUCAGUGUCCCCCGCUGUUCUGGUUGCAUCACAACAGCUGCUUGUAAAGCACCUGGGAUGAUUUGGAAGGACAAACGUGUCCAAUCGGAAUCAAUUGCAGCAAGUGAAAGUCAAACACUUGAAUCCAACAACAACAAACCUGUGAUCAUGAGUUCAACCAUACGCAAGAUAGCUCCCAUCUUUCAAAAGCAAUCUACCACCACCUCCAGUCCAGUCAAGAACAGUGCAGGAACUCAAAGGGCAGCUUGGCCAUCCCAACAUAGGAAUGCUGAGGCCGAGAAGAGCCUGACUUUGGCCACCAAUGCUUGCACGGUUCCGGAUCUCAAUCAAGACUCUGACGAUGAGAACAAGCAUGUACGCAAGUGA